AAUUUGACCAAUCGAAAAAAUUAGAAAACAUUUUAAGAAAGAAAAUGUUUCCUCCACACCAAUAGGAAUAACUUUUUUAUCCUAAAGAUAAAAUCUGCGCACAUUCUACUAUCCUGAGACCACACUUGCGAAAUCACACUCCUUAUUCUAUUAUUGAUGAUUUUCCUCCAUACCAAACACACCCUAAAAUGUGGGAUAAGUGUCAAAGAAAAAUCACAAUCUGAUGUUAACUCUAAUAGGUGAAGGAAGAAAAAGGGGUGUAGCUUUAUUAAGCACCAUCAACUUCAAUAGUGAACUGGCUUCCUUUUUCCUUUUCCCUUUUCCUCCCAUGUUUCCAUCAUAUUUGCAUCCAAACUAUAUUUUAAUCAGUUUCCUAUUGUAAUUUAGUGCUUCCAAGUUCCAUCACAAAGCACUUUCCCCUCACCUAUUUUUGAUUAUCUUACAUUAAACAAGAAAGACUUACUUCUCACACAAAUGCAAAACUUAGUCUCCAAUAUGGCUAUGGUCAAACUAGUAGAAGCCACCAAAAGUGGUACCAAUCUUCUUGAUGCCUCAUUUUCUUCUUACUUGAAUGAUACUGAAGGAACCAUUGUACUCAAUCUUGAAUCAACUAGAAAUUUGAGCAAGAAAGCAGGUGAUGAAGAAAUUGACAUCUUUAGUGCAGAAAAAUAUUUCAAUGAAGGGGUUGAUCAAGAAAAUGAUGAGCCACAAAACAAACACAAGUUCAAUGAUCAGCCAGUUGUUAAUAUAGUUUCACUGCAACAAAAGACUAGACCUUUAACUCCAAGUGUUCAUUCAGAAUCAAGUUGGAAUAGCAGAAGUGCAUUGCUGCAGAAGAUUUCAAGAAAUCAUCAUCAGCCACUGCCGACAAAGGUUAAUAAUCAGUCUUAUGGCAAGAAAUUCCUUGCAAGAAUUGGCUGUAAUUGUUAUUGCAAAGACAAGAACUCUGUUGAGGUAGAUGAUCAACUUUCCGAAAACAGUUCUAACAGGGGGAAAUAUCAUGGCAAAUCAAAGCAAAACCCCAUCAAGACUAGAAGUUCUGAGUCCACUACAAUAGGAGCUAAUCAUCAAGACUUGCACUUCAAGAAAAUUGAUGAAUUGGGACUUGGACUGAAAACAGAUGAGCGUUUUGUCGUUCCUGUUUUCGAUCCUAAAGGUGGAAAUCCAGGGGUGAAGAAACUACCCCAACAGGAAGAAGAAUCAAGAAAGUCUCUAGAAGUGUUUGGAUUUCCAAUAACAGAGAAAGAAAGAAGUAAAUUCAGCCUUGAGAAAAAGAUAAGCAUGUUAACAUGGGAUGCAAUUGUUCCAAAAGCUGAAGAAAUCGAUAUCAUCAACAUAGGGGCAAGUUCAAAUGGAACAUAUGAGGAUGAUUAUGCAGAAAGUGAUGCAAGUUCAGACUUAUUUGAGAUUGAAAGUUUCCCAAGCAACAAUACAGCCAAUCCAAGUCUUGUUAGACAAGGCUCAGAUGGCAUGUCUUGUUAUGCUCCAAGUGAAGUUAGCAUUGAUUGGAGUGUGGUCACUGCUAGUGCAGCUGAUUUCUCUAUAAUGUCUGAUUCAGAAGAUUUCAAAACACCCUCAAUUAGAACCAAUCCCAAUAACAGAAUUGCCCACAGUGGGAGAGACAAAACGAAACGUCGAUCAGGCAUUCUUCUGGGAUGCAACAGUCAUAAAGCUGUAGGAGUUGUGGGAGAUGCAUAUAAAGCUAGUGAAAAAACAUCAGUAGAGUUGCCUCAGAGGAACUUAAAGAGUCAUGAGCCUAUUAUGCCAAUGACAAGGUUUCAUGCUGAGAGCAAAGUGAAUCGAUUCGAUGGAGGAGAUAGGAAAUUACAUGAUUUUACGACAAGAUCAAUUGCUAGCACAUAUACUGGACGUCCUGCAGAUUUCUUGUAUAUUUAGAAGUGGAAAAUUUUGUGUGUGUAUUAGAACUUUAUGUGACUUUAGUAUUUCCACUUUUUUCUAACCGUGGUGUCGGGUCAGCUUGGAUGCACCUUGACUAAUUCCACGGAAUACCAACAACAAGUACCAGGUAACAAGUACCAGGUAACUUUAUUAGUAUUUCAAAUUUUUGUCUAUGCAGUUGAAGAAUAAAUUAAUAAAGUUAGGAGUAUUUUUGUUAGUGCUUGUUCUUGUUCUAGUGUGUAACUGAGAUUCAUAGUUUUUAAGUAUUUGUUGUGAAUUGAACUGUCCAAAGUUUGGAUACAUCCUGUUGAUUUUGUAAUUGUGUUUUUGGCUUAUUACCAAAGCUAAUGUAACUGAAUAAUGAUAUUGUCCUUUAUAAUAUAUCAAUUCUUAGCUUA